UGGUCGCACUAUUUAUAAGAAGUGGAUAACAACAGCUGUUUUUCGAUAGGCAUUGAGCAAAUUAAAUUGAUACUUAUUCGUGGCUACUGCGAAGGCAAAAUGUAUUAGUUGUUUGAACGGGCGCCAGUAGUAAAAAUCCAUCAGUUUGUGACCAGCACACGCGCUAGCGUCGACCAUUUGCAAAAUGGGCGACUUCUUUAAAUCUAUUAACUUUACCUACUUCUCUAGCGAGGGCGUUACGUCUGUCAGUGGAGCUUCAUUAGCAGGAAGUGGCCUCGUGGGUAGACUGGAAAACGAUUUCGUUGGACAGGUGGUCGAGGUGGCUGGCCACAAGCUACGCAUCAAGUGCAUAAUCGCCGAAGGCGGAUACGCUUUUGUUUACAAAGUCCAAGAUAUGCAAACUGGAACCGAGUACGCCCUGAAACGACUGAUCGGGCCAGAUCAGCAAGCUUGUUCCGCUAUUAUCAACGAAAUCGGCAUACACAAACAGCUCUCUGGCCACGAAAAUAUUGUCGCCUUCGCUGGUUCCAGUUACACGGCCCCGGUUGCUCAGCAGGGUGCCCAAUAUUUGCUCCUCACAGAACUUUGCAAAGGCGGCUCGCUGGUGGACCUCUUUAAAACACAUAAUGUCAUCAUCAAUCCUCCAUUGGUGCUGAGCAUCUUCUAUCAAAUGGCACGAGCCGUGGCCUGCCUGCACUCACAAUUGCCUCCGAUCACCCAUCGAGACAUAAAGAUCGAAAACUUCCUUAUUGGCAAUAACAAUCAGAUCAAGCUGUGUGACUUUGGCUCCGCCACCAAGCAGGUGCUCUCACCCAAAAUCGAGUGGAGUGUAAACCAGCGCAACAUGCUGGAAGAUCAAUUAAACACCGUAACCACGCCAAUGUACCGAUCCCCUGAGAUGCUCGACACUUGGUCCAACAACCCGAUUGGGCCCCCAGCAGACAUAUGGGCUCUCGGCUGCAUCCUUUACUUUCUGUGCUUUCGUAAACAUCCCUACGAGGAUGGUGGCAAACUGCGCAUAAUCAACGCCAACUAUAUUCUCCCGCCGGAUCCUCAGUAUCAGUGCUUCCGCGACAUUAUCAGGGGCUGUUUUAAAGUGAACCCGGCCGAGCGUCUGGACAUUGACAUGGUGCUGGAACGUCUUGCAGCUAUCGCAGAGACAAACAAAUGGUUGCUGAAAGGCCCUAUAGAACUGCAUGGAAUUCCUAUCGAAUCUUUACAGGCAGAUAGUAACGAAUCACCUAAUACCACAGCGCAUAUAGCCACCACCGUUUCAUCCUCCAGUAAUGGACACGGUAGUCUGCUGUCGUCGCUGCGUGGUGGCGCAGGCACGCUGCUUAAAAACAUAAAGGAUACAUCAACUAAAGUAAUGCAAACAAUGCAGCAUUCAAUCGGUCGCAGUGAUCUGGACAUCAGUCACAUCACCUCUCGGAUCCUUGUGAUGCCCUGCCCGUCUGAAGGAUUCGAGUCAACGUACAAGACAAACAACAUCGAAGACGUCCGACUGUCACUCGAGAGUCGAUUUGCUCCACAAAAAAUGAGUAUUUACAACUUCGGCCAACGCACAGUGCCCCGGAUACCGCCGCCCGUACGUACUGUUGAAGCCGGUUCGGUGUAUGGUUGCCCACAGGCUCACGCUCCCAAUCUGGAGGGUCUGUUUACCGUAUCGGCAGACAUGUACAACUUCCUAAACGCGGACCCGAAAUCAAUUGUUAUCGUCCAGACGGAAGAUUCGGGAGGGCGCACUGCUGCCACAGUCAUCUGUGCACUGCUUAUGUAUGCAGAUUUGUUGCAGGAGCCAGAAGACGCCGUGCAGGUUUUCGCCGUUAAGCGCCACACUAUUAACCUGCGAGCCUCCGAGUUCCGUUACCUGUAUUACUUCGGUGACAUCCUGCGGCCCAAGCCCCUACUGCCACACUACAAGAACACAAAUCUUGUGUCGCUCAGCUGUCAGCCUGUUCCCAAAAUGACCAAGGCACGCGACGGUUGCCGUAUCUACAUGGAGAUAUACUGCAACGAGAAAUUAUUGCUUAGCACUCUUCAAGAUUACGAAAAGAUGCGGUUGUAUCAGGCCGGUCCCGGUAAAAUAGUGUUGCCAAUCAACAUGACCGUCUGUGGUGAUGUGACUGUGGUUUUGUACCACGCCCGAAAAGGAAUUGUACGCCCACAAGGGCUGAAGAUAUGCCAGUUUCAAAUAAACACCGGAUUUAUUCCCGAGCCAGAAACGCUGAUUACGUUCACAAGCCAAGAUCUGGAUGACCUGCCGGAUCCUGAACAGGUUACUCUUAGCCUCUGCGUGUCGCUAUCUCUGACAGUUACUGAGUCGGAAGCUCCUCCGACCCACAAACCACCAUGGGUACCAGCCAAACCUUUGCGAUCACCAGCCGCGUUGUUUAGCUCUGAUCUCGAGUUUGCGGAGAUGCUGGAUAAUUUUGUAACCAAACCCAGGAAUAGUUCACCACCACCGCCAGGGUCUAGAAAGAAUGAUCGUCCCUGUUCCCCGCUCGUUCUGCCAGAUGUUACAGGGACCGUCCAUGGACCUUCGACUCCCACGCCAGAGCCUUCUCCGCCUAUCGACCUGUUGAACCUGAACCAGCAAAACAGAAACUCGCCAGCCACUGAUCCCUUAACUAGCGCAAGGCCUGGCACAGAUGCCAGCUUUGACUUGUUAGGGGCAUUCGGCGAUGAUGACUCCACGGGCAUACGUUCGGCGCCGAUUCCUGACAUUCUUCACCCAAUGCAGCAUCAGCCUGUAAAAGCGAGCACUGACCCUUUUGACAUAUUUGACUCUAUGGACCAAGGUAUUGCGCCCAGCCUGAAGCCAUCGGCCGGAUCAGACCUUCCACCAUUUCUUGGUUCCCUUCCGACUUUUGUAUCUAAGCCUGCGGUCGCCAGAAGCAAACCCUCACCAACCCAGCCACGCAAGGCAUCUGGAGAUCCCUUUGCGGACAUCGCCAGCUUGGCUUCAGGGCUAAACAUAAACUUUAAACGCAGCACGCUGGGUGGAAAUUCUACUGUAGGCAGUAGUCCCCAGCCGACGCAGUUCUCCAGUCCGACCCACAACCCAUCAAUAUCCUCGAAACCCCAAGAGAUGUUUAUGCAGUCACCACAGCAGCAGCAGUCUGAGCCCAUGUCUUCUGCCAGAACACCGCGACACCCACCUUCGGUCUCUGCCCAAUUACGACCGGACUACAAUCGAGCCUACUUUGAUCCGCAAAAGCCUGCGCAGCAAGCUGGUACUUGCGGAACUAACAACACCGACAUAUUUGCAGACAUCCUAGGCCAACAAGGCUACUCAUUCGGCAACAAAAUAAACCACGGGCCGCGGUCCAUAAAUGAAAUGCGCAAGGAAGAUUUGGUUCGUUAUAUGGACCCUAAGAAAGUACGAGUUAUGGAAUGGACCGAUGGCAAAAAAAACAAUAUACGUGCGCUUUUAUGCUCCAUGCAUACAGUACUGUGGGAAAACGCCAAGUGGCAGCGAUGCGAAAUGUCUACCAUGGUGACUCCUGCUGAGGUCAAGAAGGCAUACCGUCGUGCUUGUCUAUCAGUGCAUCCUGAUAAGCAUAAUGGAACCGAGAACGAAGAGAUUGCCAAGCUUAUUUUUAUGGAACUUAACAAAGCGUGGACAGAUUUCGAAAAAGAUGUCACUCAGAAACAUAUGUUUAAUACGUAAAACGCACAGGAAUAUAUUUACCACGGGUAGCAAUAUUGUUGUAUUUUUAGCGAAAUAUAAUGUAAAUUCAUGUAAGAGUAAGCUUUAAUCUGUGAAGUUAAAAUAUUGGCUAUGGCCAUCGAAUGCUCAGUCAGCCCAGCACAUUUUCAAAAUGACUUUCUUAAUUUGCAUGAAAGAAAAUCUUAUUAAUCAUUCCCAUUGCAUUCAAAAGCAAUCCGGCCAAAACUAAAAACCUUGACACCUUGGCGACUAUCCAAUUGAAUAAAUAGGAUAUUGCGCGCCUUAUUUACCUAUAAACAUAUGUACAUUAUAUUCGUCUAUAAUAUACUUUAUUCGCAGCAGAUAUAUCCUUGAUAAAAUUAUAGCCUAUACGUUAUAAACUACAAAUUGAUUGAAAUUAAAAGUAUAGUUUCUGUUUUAACGGUAAAAUAUGUAGAACAAGUAAAGACAAAAUCAGCCCUA